GGGGUAGUGUUGAUGUAGUUAUUGUUUCUGGGAUCAAAGAAUGAAUCUCCAAACACAAACUAGGCAACAGUUUGUUCUUGGCAGCUGGGGAUGAUGAGAAGGCUUCAUGCACAGAUAACUAACACACAAAGUUGGAAGCCUGAACAUGCCAUAGGAACUCUGUUUCACUCAAUGCCAUCGCAUCCCUGCUUCGGCAGGAAACCUAAAUUUUUCGCAUUACUUGUGUUAAAGCUUGGGCAGCAAGAUGUUUACCAAGAACAUCCUGUGAACUUUUCAUGUACCUGUCAAAGUUUCAAAACAAUAAAUGGCUUUCUUUCAGAUGUUGGGGUGUGGUUGGUAGCAGUCACUGAAUUCCUCAAAGCAUGGGACAAAUUGGUAAAGUUCCUUGAGGUUGUUUUUGGAGCAUGGAUAAACUUAAUACAAAUGCAAAUACAAAUCCAAGAUUUGAACUCCAAGCGAGCAAAUAAGCACAUUUUGUGCUACCUAGUCCGUGAUUAAAGCAUGAGAUAUGAAUUGGAGGAAUGGAACUUUGAAAAAAUGGUAAACCAUGGUGCCACAAAGUUUGCU